UUUAAUUCACACAUUCAUUACCAGAGAUGAAGUCACUCCUGUUUUUCUGUGUGUUUGCAGUAUUUUCAGUCGUUUUCGGCGAAGAAAUGUCUGGAAAUCUGUUGAGCGAAACGAUUCCAGCGGUCGCUAAGUCGGCGUCCGUCGGGUCAGGCAUUGAGAACAUCCGAAGCGGUGAUAAUCAACAAAAAAUAAUAGUGAUUGAAAGAGAGGUGAAGCAGAAUACGGUUCCCAAUCCCGUGGCAACACUGAUACUGAACCGACCGGUUGUGGUCAACCGACCCGUUGGGACCCACAACAGGCCGUCCGCCUCCAUCAGUGAAGUGCCGGCACUCUCUCUGAACGUGCCAUCAGUUGGUGUCGUGAAUGUGCCGUCGGUUGCGGUGAAUGUGCCGUCGAGUGCGCCCGCCGUCCAGAACACUGUUCCGGUGGUUGUGUCUCAUCACAGACCGUGUCAUGUAUUCCGAGCCAAAGGUCACUGUCUAUCGAUUCCCAAUUACUUCAGUUGUGUCCGCGAAGGAGGAGUUCUGUCGCCCGACAUCGACGAGUGCCCAUUCAGUCACGCCUGUUGUAUACGAGACUUCUUCAACCAAUUCAGUCCAAUCCAUUUUGCAAAUCAUUGUCUUCUGAUGGCGACACCGAAGAGACCGAACGGAACCAAUGAGUUGUCGAGUCUAUUGCCGGAGAACGAAGAACUCGACUUCGAAGAAGACAUUCCGGAAGACUUAUUGUCACAACAAAGCCAACGGCUGUUGAGUCAAGUCGUGAUUGUGGACAUUGAGGUCGAGUCGCAGGACAACAAUCAGAGGUCUUCGGGAGCGGAAGAAGUGGUGUUGAGUGACAAUGAAUUGGCCGAAGAAAUGGAAUUCACUCAAAACGCUUGUUCUCAGCGUUCAAUCAAGGCUUCGACUCAGAGAUCGACGACAGGACAGCCAAAGGGAAGACAAUCUUCAGGACAAGGCGAGAGUGGUAUCGGUUCCGCCACUACUUCGACUACAACUAUUGAAAAGGUGCCAAUCAAUGACACGACCGGUCAAUCAGGCGGUGACCCAUUGGCGGUCACUCCCGGACCAGAGACCAGAACAGUUCCACCGCUAAUAAUAAAGUUGGACCCAAUGGGAGGAAUGAUUGGAAGUUCUCGUCGAAAGAAUUUUACGCCAAAGAAACAAUCGCCAAAGAGUGGAAGUACUUUCGAAAGGAAACAAAUGGCGCGCAAAUCGACUGGAGGUGGACACCAAUUCGCGACCAAAACCAAACCACGACAACAACUGUCGACCAAAUCUGUUCCCAAGAGAAAGCUCGAAACGGGUGCUCCGAAGAGACACCGCUAUAGACCCGGACAGAAGGCUCUUCGAGACAUUCGCAAAUACCAGAUGAAUACGGAUUUGUUGAUCAAAAAAGUUCCGUUCCAGCGAUUGGUGCGAGAGAUCGCGAGUCACCAAAGCAUCACUUCGGAAGGCCUCCGCUUUCAGACGAGUGCAUUGAUGGCACUGCAAGAGGCGUCCGAAGCCUAUCUCGUCAAUCUCUUCGAGGACACCAAUCUGUGCGCCAUUCACGCCAAGAGAGUCACUAUUAUGCCCAAAGACAUGCAAUUGGCCCGUCGUAUACGCGGCGAAAGUGCUAUUCCUCGCGAACAA